UAUAGUAGGAACUAACACGAAAGAAGGAAAUAGGGAAAGGGAGGAAGGGAUGAAACAGAGAGAGGAUAAGAUUUUUUAAAUAUAAAAGUUGUGAGUCUGUGCCUGUCUAGCCUACUGAUCAAGGAAAAGAAUAGCCAGCUGUGAGACUUUCAAUUUCAAUUUUUACAUUUAGUGAGCAGCAAGAGAUUUUAAAAGAAGCAUCACAAGUAUUUUCCUCUGUGAGAAGACAAACAACUCAAAGCAGCGAUGUCGCCCUCUCUCCUCCAGGCCUACAGGAGGCGCUGGUGGAUGGCGGUGACAGCAGUGCUUGAAAACCUGUUGUGUUCGGCCGUGCUCCUGGGUUGGGGCUCCCUGCUCAUCAUGCUGAAGAGGCAAGGCUUCUACUCGCACCUGUGCUCAGAGAACAACUCAGUGGUUGUGCCUUUGGGAAACUCCUCCAGUAGUGAUGGGGACGAGUGGAUCAGCUGUGUGGACCAGGAGGAGAUGCUGAAUCUGGGCUUCACCAUUGGCUCAUUCUUACUCAGUGCCACCACUCUACCCCUUGGGAUCCUGAUGGACAGGUUUGGGCCACGCCCAAUUCGUCUGGUGGGCAGCUCAUGUUUCGGUUCGUCCUGUAUAAUGAUGGCUGUGUCGGCCUACAAUCCUCCAGUGCUGUCAGCGCUCAUCUUCCUCGCUCUCUCCCUGAACGGCUUUGGAGGCAUCUGCCUGACCUUCACCUCCCUCACGCUCCCCAAUAUGUUUGGUGCUCUGAGCUCCACUAUCAUGUCUCUGAUGAUCGGUUCUUACGCCUCCUCUGCUGUCACCUUCCCUGGAGUCAAGCUGAUCUACGAUGCAGGCGUGUCCUUCCAGGUGAUCAUGUGGAUGUGGGCAGGUCUUGCCGGGUUUGUCUUUUUCAACUGUUUCUUUAACUGGCCGAAAGAAGGUUUCCCAACACCUGAUGAGGUGGAUUACAGUAAAAUCCUCACACAGCAAGAGCUGCCUUUAUCAGACCAGAAGGCUGUUGCAGAGAGACUGAGCCAGAAAAACGGUGACGUCCGACACUCCACAGAGAAACUUCCUAAUGGAGCUGACCCUGCACAAAAUACCGUUCCUUUCCGUCGGUCGGUGUUUUCUCCUAUCUUCCUGUGGAGUCUGGUUACAAUGGGGAUGUCCCAGUUGAGGAUCAUCUUCUUCAUGGGGGCCAUGAACAAGAUGCUGGAGUUCAUGGUUACCCAUGGCGAUGAACACCCAUCUGAUGACCUGGUGAGUGAGGCAGCACAGCAAGUGAGUUUCUACUCGUCCAUCUUUGGCACCCUGCAGCUGUUGUGCCUGGCCACUUGUCCUCUGAUCGGUUACAUCAUGGACUGGAAGAUGAAGGAGUGUGAAGAGGAGAAGCCCAUCCCUCCAGGCACAGAGCAGAGGCAGACCAGCAUACCCAAGAGAGACCGUAAGAUCCAGAAGGUGACCAACGCCAUGAGGGCCUUCAUCCUCACCAACAUGCUACUGCUCGUUUUCGGAUUGUGCUGUCUCAUAGACAGCCUGCCUCUACAGGUCUUGACCUUCAUCCUCCAUACUAUGGUCCGAGGCUUCAUCCACUCCUGCUGCGGAGGCCUCUAUGCUGCCGUCUACCCAUCAAACCACUUUGGCACCCUGACAGGCCUCCAGUCGAUGAUCAGUGCUGUGGUUGCUCUGCUACAGCAGCCACUCUUUAUUGCUAUGGUUGGACCGCUGAAAGGAGACCCCUACUGGAUCAACCUGGGGCUGCUGAUCCUCUCAUUUGGCGGUUUCUUGUUGCCGGGUUACCUGUACUACCAUCGCAGACACCUGCUGAGGGAAAAAGAAGCCAGAGACAAGAGGGCUGCCGGUCAGGAGAUGCAGGCACUCAACCACACAGAGGCCAAUGGCUACAAGCCCCACAGCAACGGAGUCGCUGCUGUUGAGGCGUAAAACAACAGAGCAGAGACAAAGAUUUGGGGAAUUGUAGGAUUUAUUUUUAUAUGUGCCUUUUAAAAUAUGCACCAGCAAUCCACUCAUCCAUAAAUCCAUGUUGUUAGUUACAUUUUAAGUUGUUUUCAUGCUGCGGCAUGAAUUUGGGAGAAAACGUGUCAUCAUCAUUUGUUGCUGUUAUUUAUUUUGGUUUGUGUCAAAGAGCCAAAUUAGCGUGAUUUAAAGCCAUAGAUUUCACUCGCGAGCACACGCAUCGACACAUGCACACAUCCAGGUAUAGCCUCUGUGUCAGACUGCGGAUAUCACGGUACUUGAAAUACUGUUAUCUAGUUUUCAAAGACUUCUGACAAUCACCACGAGCCUUGCUAACACCAAAGAACAGCUUAAUUACAUUAGGAAAAUUACACUCUCAGUAUUAUUGAGUAAGUUAAGUGGGCAGAAAAAAACUGAAAAACUUUUAGUAUAUUAAUUGUGCUGUUUCUACUGUAAAGCCCCUCAGUAUGAACUAUGAAUACACAGUAAAUGUAUGAAACACUAUUAUAAGCAUACAACUCAUGAAUUUAAAGCAUUUGAAAAUCUAAAUACCAGACUUCUGGUAGCUUUUGGGGUAUUUUUCAGAGCCCGGCGAUUCACUCACACACAUGUACACGCACAGAUAGGCUGGUUGUAGAGACGCCAUAUCUACCUCCUCCGUUUCCUUUUUUUUGUACUGUCUCUCUGCAAUCCACUCCUAUGUCUGACCAUCGAUUGUUUUUUAUUCACAUUAGAAAAAUAUGAAAUGUUUACUCAAAACAACAAAUUUAAAUCGGAACAGCAUUUUCUCCUUCAUUCAUAUUGAUGCUGAUUCAGCCCUCGUCAUUUCUGGACUUUUUAUAUGUAGGGAAAAAAAGUUUUGGGAGUUUUUUUUUUUUUUUUUUGAUUUAUUUCAAGUAGAUUUCAUAAGGAAAAAUAUGACUGAUUUUUAAAUGCUGACACAUGGUGUGUGUGGGUGAUAUUAAACACUUUGUACUGCUUUAUGCACAGUAAUGAACUAGUGUGUGUAUAAAAAAUGUAUUUAAGUGUCUUUUUAUACUCUAGCUGCAGUAGCGUUGAAAAGGGAAGCGUUUGUUUCAGCAUCAGCAAAUGUUUUUUUUGUAGUUUGCUAAUUAUACAUGAAGCUUUGAUGAUUUUAAGUGUAUAUAUUUCGCUUAUGCCUUUUUGUUUUCUCAUGUGUUUUGUCAUGUGAUUUUACUCAAUGGGUUUCCAUUCAGCAAAAUUAUUUUUUGUAAAUAGAACUGAGGUGUGUCUUUUAUUUUGUUACAUAUUCUGCUUGCAUUACUAUAUAUGGGUGUGUGCAGUUGUAUUGAGACACUGGCUGUGGUUUAACUUGUUUUUUUUGUGAUGUUUUUGGAUUUGAUACUCAAAAGUCACUUUAAAAAGACAGAUGCAGCUGUGGUCUGUGAUCUCCUUGUUACAGUCAGCUGCAGAUACACAGA